AUGGAGACUGCACCCCCUCAGUACAAUGCUGAAGAUGCGCCUCCGUCCUAUGAAGAUGUCGUUAAAAAGUUCACCGCCGCGCUUGGCAACGGCAAAGAUCCUGAGAAGAUACUUGACGCAAUGGCCUCACUCAACCUGGCAGAUUGCAAAGUUGUUUGUGACAAGAAUGGCAGCAAACUUGGGCCUAUUGUUGGGGAGAAGGACAUGGAGAAAUUCCAACUGGGCGCAGAACAAGCUGCUUCUUUACCCGUUGCUCAAGAGCACCUCAAGAAAGUGGCAAACACUGCUACGCGCGCUGUCAAGGACAUUGAGAUGGUGUUCAACCGUCUACUCCUAAAAAUCAUGGAGAUCGACAAAAUUCACGAAUCGGGGUUCGUGCCAAAGCUUAGACACCAUCAAGAGACAUUCUCUGACCUGAUACGGGAAAGCCGUCUUCUGGCAAGAGAAAUCAGCCAACACGGUCAAGUAGAGUUUUGCGCCGACAAAACCAUUUCUGUCGAAGAACGGAUAAACCGAAUUGAGGGCUUCAGAAAAGAGGCAGAGGGAUUCGAGACAGCCUCUGUGGAUAUGCAAAAGCGGUUUGAGAAGCUGAAUAAUGACUUCACUGAAUUCAUUGGUGAAUUCAAGGCCUGGGCUGAAGAUAAAGAAAAGGAACUGGAUAAGAAGCUAACACAGGUGAUAAAGGAGAUCGGGGACCUCAAGAUCCGCAUUUCUGAGGUAAUUGUCUCGUUAGGAUUUGCACUCGCUGGCACAGUAAUCGGUGCUAUGAUUUUUGCUGCCGGGCAUUCCCCGUUCUCCUUCAUCUUGAUUGCCGCUGGACUUAUAUUGUGUGGUCUCAGCGGUGUCGCCGCUAUGAGAUUCAUCGCGACCUACUUGGUAUUGUCAAACGAGCUGAAACAAAAGGAGAAGCUCAAGAAGGAAUACGAAAGUCAGCUGAAGAUGAUACAAAAGGCUCGUUCUGAGCUAGUAUCACUCGGUAAUGAGGGUCUUGGAACCUUCUGGGACAAAAUAGGCUUUCUCAAGGGAUAUUGGGUAAGAGCGUCCUCUGAUGCGGAGGCUAUCGAGAUUUGGUUGAAAAAAGGAGCAUCUGAUGCUAAGUGGCCUGAUUAUAUGAAAAAGAGCUUGCAUAAAAAUGUAAAGAUCUACAAGGCUCUCUCAACCUACCUUGAGGAAUACUCCCGUGGUGUUGACACAGAUGAAUAG